AUGGCCAGCAAGAAGACAAGCCUUAUCAUGUUACUCUGGUACCAUUUCCUAGCAAUCACCAUGCUUACCCAAUAUUGUCAUGGAAAUCCUAAUGUUCUUUGCAGAAAAAAGGAAAGAGAAGCCCUUCUGACCUUCAAACAAGGUAUCACAGAUCCUUCAAACCGACUUUCUUCUUGGACUGGCGAAGAGUGUUGCAUGUGGAAUGGAAUUGGUUGUGACAACAUAACUGGGCAUGUCAUCCAGUUAAACCUCCAAAAUCCAUCUGAUGAAUCAGCGUUAUAUGGGAAUAUAAGCGAUUCUCUGCUGCAAUUGAAACAUCUUCGAUAUUUAGACCUAAGUUACAAUCAUUUCGAGAAUGAUCAUUUUCCAAGUUUCUUUCCUUACCUUCAAAAUCUAAGAUAUCUGAAGUUAUCAAAUGCGGGAAGUUUCAGGGGUGGGAACCCGUAUCAGCUGGGAAAUCUCUCAAACUUGCACUAUCUUGAUAUUCGAGGUCUUUCAGGCCUCGAUAUUGACAAUCUCACCUGGUUGUCUCAUCUUUCCUUGCUAGAAUUCCUAGACAUGAGUGACGUCAAUCUUAACAAAGCAUCUAAUUGGCUACAGGUGAUGAACACGCUUCCUUCUCUUACAGAGGUAUACUUGUAUUCAUGCCGGCUUGAUAACUGGGAUCCUAUCCCUCAUGUCAAUUUUUCUUCUCUUAGAGUUUUAGAUCUUUCGUUCAACCGCUUUGUUUCAAAACUUGACUGGAUACGUGGUCUUAGAUCAAUUGAUACACUUGAUUUAAGUUCCAGUGGCAUUGAUCUAGAUUCGAUUAAUUGGUUAUGCAAUAUAACUACUCUUAAAAGUCUCCAUCUGUCAUAUAACCAAUUUCAAGGAGUACUUCCUAGUGCCAUUGGAGGCCUUUCCCAACUGUUGCAUCUUAUCCUGUCAUUCAAUAACCUUGAAGGAGUUUUACCAAAAUCCUUUGCAAAUCUUUGUAAUCUGCAACGUUUGGAUUUAUCUAACAACAAGAUUGGGGGAGGUUUGUCUGAAAUUUUAGGAAAUGCAUCUGCAUGUAACGUGAGGACUUUGGAGUUCAUAAAUUUGGCUGAGAAUCAAUUUUCAGGCGCUUUGCCUGAUCAACUAGCGACACGUCCAACACUAUCUGCUCUCUUACUUCACUCUAACUUGCUUUCUGGUCCAAUUCCCAUGUCUAUAGGAGAAGCCCUGUCGUCAUUGAGGGUAUUAUCCGUCUUUGACAAUCAAUUAAAUGGAACAAUUCCCGAAAGUAUUGGAAAGCUUUCAAAUCUUGAAGAGUUAGACAUCUCUCAAAAUUUUAUCGGGGGUUCAGUUUCCAACAUGCUUCUUUCCAACCUAACAAGAUUGAAAAAACUUUCAGCCUCUUCGAAUCCACUCACUUUGCAAGUAAGCUCUAAUUGGGUUCCUCCCUUCCAACUUGAAACUUUGAAGUUGGGGUCAUGGCCACUAGGGCCCCGUUUUCCUGCAUGGCUUCAGUCACUGAUCAACGGUCUUCGAGUUCUAGAUUUAUCGAACACAGGAAUUUCAGACGUAAUCCCCUCUUGGUUUUGGAACCACUCUUCCCAGUUCAAUCUACUCGAUCUUUCUCACAACCAAAUUCGUGGAAGUAUUCCAAGUUUAUCUUGUGGGGGAGAAGUCUAUCUUGAUUCAAACAAUUUUUCUGGCCCUGUCCCCAACAUCUCUUCUGCAAUUCGGUAUUUAGAUCUUUCCAGUAACUCAUUCAAUGGAUUUUCUCCAAUUUUUUGUGAAGCUGUCGGAGUAGUACAUCUUCUAAGCUUUCUUGAUCUGUCAACAAAUCUUUUAUCGGGAGAACUUCCUGACUGUUGGACGAAGUAUAUUUUAGAAGAGUUAUACUUGGGGAACAAUAACCUAACAGGAAACAUACCAAGCUCCAUGGGUUCUAUACCCUCGCUUCUGUCGUUAUCCUUGCACAAAAACAAUCUGUUUGGAAAUUUGUCAACCCUGCAGAACUGCACUGCUUUAGAGCUUUUAGAUCUCAGUGAAAAUCAUUUCUCUGGUGUCUUGCCCAUUUGGUUGGGGAACCGUCUAUAA